AGCGCGAGUCAAAUUGGCGGGACACGGAAGCAGCGCGAGUCAAAUUGGCGGGACACGGAAGCUGCGCGAGUCUAACGCCGUGGGCGGUUCGCGCCCGAUCGCCGAAAAGUCGAGUCGUCGUAGUCGAGUGGGAGGAGUCACGACUGUGUUCUUGUCGGACUUCUGGUUUUUGCUUCACUUGUCGGCGGUGAAAAGCGCAGCAGGUUGUGUUUGCGCUCAGGUCGUCGGUACCGGGACGGUUCGGGUCCAGGUUGUGUUUGCGCUCAGGUCGUCGGUACCGGGACGGUUCGGGUCCAGGUUGUGUUUGCGCUCAGGCCGUCGGUACCGGGACGGUUCGGGUCCAGACUCUGAUGGCUCCUCUUGUCUCCGUCUUCCUCCUGUGCGUCUGUCUCACACCUGCGUUCCAGGGUUUCGCCUCCGCAGAUGAGACCAUCACAGUAAAACCUGGAGAAACCGUCACGUUGCCGUGUGAAGCUCCUGGCAACGCUAUAAAACUGACACGUUGGAGAAAAGACAAUAAAACUUUCUGUUUAUACCGGUACAGUAACUCACAGUGUGAGAAGGAUCACUUGCUUCCAUCGUUUAAGGGCCGAGUGGACCUGAAAGACCCACAGAUGGCGGAUGGAGACGCGUCUGUGGUUCUGUACAAUGUGACAGUUAAUGACACUGGAACGUAUGAGUGCCGAGUCAUGAUGAAAACAAUAAAACGCAGUCUCGUUUCACCAGAGAAACUCAUCAACACCAUCUUCCUGAAGGUGGUGCUGGAUGAAUGUGUGGGUCAGAACUGCAGCGGUAAAGAUGGAGGAGAAGAGGAAAAAGGGGAGAAAGAUGGAGGAGAAGAGAGACAAAGAGCUGUUGGGAUUAUUGUUGUUUGUGUGUUUGCUGUUGUUGUUGUUGUUGUGAUCUAUAGAAGUUGUAACAGACCCUCUGAGUACAUUUACCAGCAACCUGCUGCUGCUGCUGCUGCUGCUGCUGAUGAUGAUGAUGAUGAAGCAGCUCAUCAAGUCUGUAGUGUCUGAUCUCUUCAGUCUUUACGUUUGUGUCCUGCUGCUGUUAAACAGAACCAGUGCCUUAGGACGCCCUGGCAGCGUCUUCUGAAUAAUCUCAGGUCAAUAGUGACUUUAUUGUUAUCACCAGAAAUGUCAGAAAUCACAAACAACCUGAGGUCAUGCAUACUCGUUUUUAAAACAGAUGACGCCUGAAUGUGCUGUGAAUUAUUAAAUGUCUUGGAAUUGGAAACAGCCCGUAUUCUACAUCUCGACCAAUAAAAUGUUAUUGUAUAACUUUCUAUGAAUCUC